AUGUUAUUGCUUGGGCCCGUUAUUUGUUUGUUUUCUUGCGUGCUUUGGGGGGAGGAGGAGGAGCGUUGCAAGUCCUUGGCAUGGUGCUACCACACCUCAAUUUUUGUUUCUCUCUCCUUUUUCGUUUUUGCUUUUUGCUGUGUUUUCUCUACGGGUUUGCUGAUUACAGGCCUCUUGCCGCGACAAGAACAAACAAGUAUGACUGCUCGUCCAUCUGUCAGCGUGUACUCCUCGUCAGAGGACAAGGUUGUGGGCUCAUGCCCGCUGCCCGCCGUGUUUACGGCUCCCAUCCGCCACGACAUUGUGCAGUUUGUGCACACGAACAUGUCCAAGAACUCCCGCCAGGCUUACGCGGUGAACCGCCUCUCCGGCAUGAAGCACUCCGCGGAGUCGUGGGGCACUGGCCGCGCCGUUGCGCGUAUUCCCCGCAUUGGUGGUGGCGGUACGAGCACGUCG